CUCUUCUCUUGUAUUCCCCUGCGAGGAGAAAAAUGACAAGCCGACGAGCCCUCAUCAACGCCCACCGGAUCAUCCGCUCCGCCGCCGCAACUCGCCGGAGCUCUGCCGUUCCCACCACUGCAUCCAGAGUUUAUCCUCUUUUCAGGGCUGGAAAUGAUUUGGGGUCGAGGUUUUUCUGCGGGAACACCGGGAAUCCGCAGAAUUUUGACAUCGAUCUAUCCAACGACGAGAGCAGGAGGCGGCUGUUCAACAGAUUAUUGUAUAGGAGCAAGCAACGAGGGUUUCUGGAACUUGAUCUGGUUUUAGGGAAUUGGGUGGAGGAGAAUAUCGGUUCUAUGGACGAGAACGGUGUCAAAGCUCUCAUCCAUGUCUUGGAUUUGGAAAACCCGGAUCUCUGGAAAUGGCUGACAGAUCAAGAACAGGCCCCAGAGGCAGUGAGAACAAACCCGGUAUUCUCGGCCUUGCAUGACAAGGUCAUGAAGAAUCUGAACAAGCAUGCUGCACCGGAGACACGAGCAGUGCCUGGGCAGCCCUGGGUCAAGGGUUGGGACGAUUUUAAGAAAGGUCGGGACGCUCCCAUUGCCGGGAACCAGUAGCCUCUUCUUCUGUAGACACCAAUCACCAAGGAAGUGAUGUAAGAACAAUACUAAUAUCAAAUCAUCAUGUGUUAUAACUAUUGUGUUGUCAAUAAAGAAGCCUGCAGGCUGGAAACAGAGCGAUAUGCGGUCAUGUGAUUGUUAAGUUAAGACUCAUAUUUCCUAUUUCUUGUUUUUCAGAUUAA